CGUACCGCUGACGCUCUUCACUGAAGCUCCUCGGUUGUUUACAGUUUUACCAUUUAGCUUCAGCUCAAAUUCUGUCAGUAAAACUGUUUUAAUCGUAUUUUCAUCAUGGGAUGCGACGGUGGAACCAUUCCUAAAAGACACGAACUGGUUAAAGGCCCGAAAAAGGUUGAAAAGGUCGAUAAAAAUGCAGAGCUUGCUGCCAGAUGGAAAUACUGUGCGUUAAGUCAGGAGAAGCUGAAGCGACCCAUAGUCGCCUGUGAGCUGGGCAGACUGUAUAAUAAAGAUGCAAUCAUUGAGUACUUGUUGGAUAAAUCAGCGGAGAGGCCAAAUGCUGAAGUUGUGGCACACAUCCGUAGCAUCAAGGACGUGAAGGAACUGAAUCUGACAGAUAACCCUGCAUGGGAGGGGGAGAGGCGCAACAUUAAAGGAGACUGUUAUGAAGACAUGCACUGUGCAAUGUUCAUCUGUCCUGUGGUUGGUUUGGAGAUGAACGGAAAGCACAAGUUUUUGUACCUGCAGACCUGUGGGUGUGUUUUCUCAGAACGAGCACUCAAAGAGGUGAAGACUGAAAUCUGCCACAAGUGUGGAGAUCCUUUCCAAGAAGACGACCUUGUGACGCUGAAUGGGACUAAAGAGGAGGUGGAGAAGCUUCAGAAGGCCAUGGAAGAGCGCCGAUUAAAGGCUAAAACUGCAAAAAAAUCAAAGAAGAGCAAAGACGCUAAAGUCUCCAAGUCACAGGAUUCAGCAGGAAGCUGUGACGCCUCCGAGACUAAAUCUACGUCAUUGAAUGGAGAGGGCAGCAGUGGAAGCAGCAGUGAUUCAGCUCCAGGACCGUCCACAUCCGGCGAGUGCUCUAAAACAUUAAAGGCCCCUGCGGGAACCAUUGCUGGCAGUAAGAGAUCGAUCCAGGCCAUGAAGGACAAAUCAGAGGCCUACAAGUCGCUCUUCACCUCCCACAGCUCUGCCAAACGUUCCAAAGACCAGAUGUCCAACUGGGUCACACACACGCCUUACCACUUUUGAGUGCGUUCUUCCUAGUAAAGCUCGCCCUCUAGUGAUCAGGCUUUGGAGGAGCAAAAUUCUGGCUGGUGGAUUGAUGCAUUGUUUUUAGCCAAUUUAUUUUUCACCAUUGCAUUUUUGUUUACCUUUAUAUAUCUUAAAUUAGUUGCAUGCUUAAGUGUUUAUUUUAAGUAAACCCAUAUUUGCUUGAGUGUUACAUGUCUUUUCCAUUAGCAUUUUCGACUGGAUCUUGUUUUAAACCACUUUAUUCAGGUUUAAACAUGAACUGUAACUGUAUUGCGGUAAAAACCAAUUUAAAGGCAGAAAAGUUUGUUUUCCUCCUCAGAAGCAUAAAUGCGUGUUCCUGAAGCACUGUUGUUAUUAUUAAGAGUUUCUUGUCACUAUAUCACAGAAAUAACCAACUAGCUGCAGUAGUUAUGUGUUGUACUUCUAAACAUGCAUUAUUUGUGCACACAAUAAAAGUCCGAUCUAGGAGAAAUCAUGCGCUGUUGCUGCGUAUUUGUUAGUAAUGACCAUCAGUACUGCUUUUUGUCCACAGGGUGGCAGUAGAUGUCUACGAAUAAGCGCUGCCCCUGUCAAACAGCAUUAGAUCUAAUGUAGUCUGGACUUUGUGCAGUUUCCCUAAAUGUAAUCGUUUAUGUUCAUCUGACAGGUGCAUAAAUAAAGUCCAGUCUCCGCAUUUUCA